AGUUGCAAAGUCUUUAUUUAUAGCCAUCGACUGCUUCGGCUUCAAGGCCGGUGCUUUUCCUUUUACCCCACGCCUUUUGGGUCCCGAGUGAAGCUCCGCCCGCUAGCCUCCCUCCUUUCAUGGCCUCGACGAGCCAGGCAAGCCUCCUCCUCCAGAAACAACUGAGAGAUCUCAGCAAGAAUCCGGUGGACGGCUUUUCCGCUGGCCUCGUCGACGACAGUAACAUCUUUGAGUGGAGCGUCACUAUCAUCGGCCCUCCGGAUACGCUCUAUGAUCUUGAUUGGCCAAUCCUUGUGUUGUAGUGAAGGUGGUUAUUUCAAUGCUAUCAUGAGCUUUCCAACAAAUUAUCCCAAUAGCCCUCCUACAGUUAGGUUUAUAUCAGAGAUGUGGCAUCCAAAUGUUUACCCUGAUGGUCGAGUUUGCAUAUCAAUUCUUCAUGCUCCUGGGGAAGAUCCGAAUGGCUAUGAGCUUGCAAGUGAGCGUUGGUCACCUGUGCACACGGUUGAGAGCAUAGUUUUGAGUAUCAUUUCGAUGCUUUCAAGUCCCAAUGAUGAGUCGCCUGCAAAUAUUGAAGCUGCUAAGGAAUGGAGAGAGAGAAGAGAUGAUUUCAAGAAGAAAGUUAGUCGCAUCGUUAGAAGAUCGCAGGAAAUGCUUUGAAAGCUUUAAAAGCAGGCUUCAUGGAGAUAUGGUGAGUCAUAGCUUCAUGCCUGUUUUGCUGGGAAACUAUAUAUAGGUUGGGUGUCCUCAAUUUGUUGCUUGUCUAAUGAUGGUUUAAUAGAGCAUCUAGAUCUUUGGUUGGUUUGCCAAUGGUUUGUGUUAUUGUCAUUGUUGCCAUCUCGUUUUUGUCAUAAGAAACAGCAGGAUCCAGAUGUUGUAAUUCAUUUAACACAAUUUGUAUGUCUGUAGGUGUCCUGAUUUAAGGCCUUGUCUAAUUCCUUGUCUCUGGUUUGUUAUUUUUAUUUAUCAAAAAUUGCUUCACAAUUUAUGAAGCCAACCCUGUUUUACAAGUCAACUAGAAAAUUAAUGCCCUUGUUAUUGUUGUUAGGACUUAUAAA